AUGUUGCCGUUUAUAUCUGUAAGGAGAGUUUAUGCCAGGAAAUUUUCCACUAAACCACUAAAUAUCCUGUUCUUUGGUAGUGAUGAGUUUAGUGCAUAUGCACUGAGGAGUCUUGUGAAGCUGAAGCAUAAGCAGGUAAUAGAUUCCAUACAAGUGGUUAGCAGGCCGCCAAAAUGGUGUGGGAGAAAGAAGUCUGUGCUGAAGUCCCCCGAAAUAGUGCAAUAUGCACAAGAUCUGAGACUUGACCAACCUAUACAUGUCGACAGCAAUGAGGAGAUGUUACAAUUGAGCUCAUUGUGUGAGUCUCAGAAGAUAGAUAUGAUUAUAGCAGUAUCUUUUGGAAAAUUGAUUCCUAAUGGAUUGAUUGGAAGGGUGCCAUACUCGCUAAAUGUACAUCCAUCGCUGUUGCCCAGAUACCGAGGGAGCGCACCGUUACAGCAUACUUUGCUCAACCAAGACCAAUAUACAGGCGUGACAGUACAGACAUUGCACCCAACCAAAUUUGAUCAUGGGAGCAUAGUAGCACAGAGUGAUCCAUUACCUGUCAGUGAUCUCCUAGCAAGUCGACCUCUGCCGCCGCUCAUUAAUCAAGAGGAUACUCGCCCCCCAAAGCUGGCCAAAUUGAUGGAUCAAUUGGGUAUUGUAGGUGGUAAUUUAUUGGCAGAUGUUCUAGAGAAGAGGACUUAUCAAGACCCAGUGUCGCAUAUUGAAAGCAACUAUGAGCCCAGUUAUGCUCCACGAAUUAAAACUGAGGACAAGAUGAUCAAUUGGAAUGACUCAGCUACUGACCUACUGAAUAGAUUACAAACUUUAGGCCCAUUGUACACAUUCAAGAGAGUUCAAUUGAAAAGCAAAUCACCCUUGUCCCUAAAGAGAGUUCUCAUACAUGACUUUGAUGUGAUUGAGCGGGUAAUUAGCAACCAAACCUGCGGAACUUUUACACAAGACAACCACGAUAGUAUUACUAUAGCUUGUGGUCGCAAUACAGCGAUAUUGAUUAAGAAGUUACAGUUCGAAGCUUGUGCUAUUGAAACUCCAGAGCAAUUCAUGAAGAAAUUACCCAAAAGGUGCGGUAAAACCCUGGCCAAGGAGCUAGUGUUUGUAAAUGAGACUUGA